UAUUUUGCGACAGUAUGGAAUUGUCGCAACUCAUUGGAUAUCGUCACUUGAACCGAAAGUAGUCUCCUACCUGUAUCCCACGCAUCUAUGCUAAAAUCGAGGUUUAAGGCUGACGAGGGUCACGUAUCGUCUUACUGAUAAGGGUUGGCUUUCAUUUUGAAGGUGGACUAGAGCGUUUUCGUAAUUCCGGUACGUUUUACUCUUCGUUAGUGUAGCCUGCUUUCGAUUUUGUUGAUGGAAACCACUCUAAACUUAAUGUGUCGCAACAUCAGUCUACGGGAGCGUCAGCGGCGCCAGGUGAAAAGGGGAACCUGCUUGGUGAACAUUCUAUUGGCAAUGGGAUAAUAUUGUUUCAUAACGACACUUAAAAUGUUACAUGUUACAACCGGAAUGGUGCAAUACCUUGUAAUGGUUGAUAAUGACACGUCGUGAGUAUUGCACGACACCUCUCUGGUUUUAUUUUGAAAUCUGUAAGCGGAAAUGGUGCUUGAUUCACCUGUAAUUGACGCUGUCAGGAAGUGGGAUGUGGCCAGAUUGUAUUUAUGCUGCUGAUCAAGAUAUGAAAAUCAUAGAAUCAGCGCGCUUCGGGAGCUCUGCUUCAACGUCGGUAACAGCGUGGAUAACAGUUUUGUCCUACGCCCCUGAAGUUGCUGCCGGGAAUCGAAAUCAGCGAACGGAGCCGCUGUGUCUUUGCUUUCGUCUGGAUUGGGCCACUUCCCUUAAGACUUCACAACCUCACGCCCCAACACUUUAUUGCAACUGCAUCUAGGGCGCGGGUUACGUCAUAAGUAUGUGAAUCCAUAUAGUGACUUUUUAAAAAAUAUAUGAAUUUUGCUUGAGAACGAAGAUUGCUGGCCCCAGUCGUUAAUUACAAAUGUCAGCAAGUCACCAUCAUCAAGUAAUGAUGGAGUCAUCUUUAGCGCUUGGUAGACUGGACCUGACUUCCGCUGUCGGGGUCAACAUGACUCCGUGCAUCUCCCCGGCUGCUUCCACCAAAGAGAUGAGCGGUCACCGGCCAGUUGGAACACAAGGACCGGCUCAUCUGAAUGGCUGCGUGCCGCUGUCACAUCAGGUUGCUGGUCACAAGUAUGGCGUGGAUAAAGUGGGGAUUCUGCAACAUCCAGAUGGAACAGUCCUGAAGCAACUGCAACCUCCACCGAGAGGACCAAGGGAGAUGCAGUUUUACAGCAUGGUAUAUGCAGACGAUUGCCGUGACCCGUGUCUUCUGGAGCUCCAGACACAUCUCCCAAAAUAUUACGGCACUUUGUCCUCUCCUGAUGCACCAAAUGAGCUGUACAUGAAGCUGGAGGACGUGACUCAACGCUUCGUCAAGCCGUGCAUCAUGGAUGUGAAGCUGGGCCAGAGAAGUUACGAUCCAUUUGCCUCGCAGGAGAAAAGGGAGCAACAGAUCAGAAAAUACCCACUGAUGGAAGAGAUGGGCUUCCUGGUCCUCGGCAUGAGGGUUUACAAGCUUUGCACUGACACUGUUGACAUGUUUGACCAGCACUAUGGCAGGGGACUGUUGAAGGAGACUAUUAAAGACGGCUUGGCUAAAUUCUUUCACAACGGUGUUUGUCUGAGGAAGGAUGCGGUGGUCGCCAGCAUUCGCAGAGUGCAGAAUAUCCUCCGCUGGUUCGAGUCGCAGCGUCAGCUGGUCUUCUACGCCAGCUCUCUUCUCUUUGUCUAUGAGGGCCUCCCCUCCUCGAGCAGCUUCCCUCUCAUCGGCACCCCCACGAACAGCCCGGCCGCCGUCGGCAGGAGUCGGGACGGCAAGGAGGAAAGGAGCCAGGAGGUAGGUGAAAAGAACGAAAAGAUGGCAGAGUACAACAACAACAUUCAGGCGGUGGCGCCCUACGAUUGCGCCCGAGACCCCAUUUGCAGCAAUCACAGGAAAGCUGGCCUCCAUCUGUGCGCUAAGGCUCAUCAUCAAGGCAUGAGCGGAGACGAUGGCACUUUAGGAACGACGACGCGCCAGCCGGGUUCUGUCGAGAAAUUGCCGCCGCAAGACAACUCGACCUGGUUGUCCCGGCAACCCCCAAACGGAAAUGGGAACGAAUUCCAAGUCGAAAGGAAGGGCGAAUACGACGAGAGAGCGAAGGGCGGCGGGAGGGAAGAGGACCUCGUGCAAGGCGGAGGCGACGUGACCGGGUUGAGCGAAGACAACGCGCAGGUAGAGGUCAAGAUGAUCGACUUUGCCCACGUUUUCCCCAGCAAGAGCCUCGAUCGCGGCUACAUUUAUGGCCUCAAGCACCUGCUGACCGUAUUGAACCAGAUCCUCUCGGACGAGGCUUAGACUCGCCCGCGCUUCGCCUUCCGACUUGCUCCAAGUGAACCACUGUCCCCGCCUACCUGUCCACUUUCCUUCCGGAAAUCUUGCAACCGCCAUCAUCAUCUCACAUAAUUGCGAUGUGUGCGUGUGCGGGCGUUGAAUUAUUAUUAUUAUUUUUUUUUUUCCGAGUGGAAGUCAGAAGUAGAGAAGGCUGACCAUUACAUGCACUAAGCGAUCCCUCGAAGGCAUUAGGACCCUCUGCCUCAGCCGUUGGUUAACGCUGACUCGCAUUACACAAGCUCUAAAAUGUGACCCCCGUUUUACUGAAAUGCACUGGAUUUGACAAGUCUAUUUUUAUAUUGAGGUCACGGGGUGGGGGGGGUGGUGAAAAAAUGGUUAGGUUCGUUUUGAAAAACAGAACAUCUCAAAUCCUGAGUGAGCCAGAGAUAUUUCUGUCUUGUUUUUAACCAUCGUAACUAUUUGAUACUAUUUAUAGAAGUUUUAGAUUUUGGGGUUCUUUGGGUGGGAUGCUGAGAGACAAGCUUUCACUGCCAUAAAGCAUCGGAAUAUAUAUAUAUAUAUAAAUAUUAGAGCUGUCAAACGAUUAAAAUAUUUAAUUAAAAAUGCAAUUGUCAUAAUUAACUCAAAUGAACUAAAAAAUUAAUCGUGAUUACUCACAUUUUCUGAAUUUCCUUUUACAUUUUUUGUCCUAUUUUUCCCUAUUUUAAUGCUCUCAUCAACUUGGAAUCACGAAUUUCUAUGUUCAGUUUUCAGUUUUCUAUGUGCCAAAUGCAAAUUUUUUUACUGAAAUAAUUUCAAUUUUACAUGAACAUUUUUCACUUGGAGCAGUUAUUCACACAUAAUCUCUCACAAUAUAUUACUGUCCAUCAACAACAGUGAAAAAAAAUAUUUUGUCACACAACAGCUGCUUUAACAGCUUUUUUAAUGAAAUCAAAACAGUAAUAUAACAUUGUAAAGUGCACAUCUAAGGUAAACUAGUACUCAGCCUAUAGUGGAUUUAAACCAUGGUUGCAUACUUCGUUUUUCUCAAGUUUGCUUUGAACACAGCAGUCUGUUUCUGUAUGUUUGUUGGAGAAUAACGAGACCCCGGACACCAGUGUUCGUCAUGUGCCGCUGUAUUCAAAACUCACAAAACUGCCAGCCGUACAAACAAGCGCAAGCAUUCCCCCAUGCUGCUGGGGCAAACCAUUCUGAAAGAGGGGGGUUUCACUCCCCCUAACAAAGUCAGGCUAUGUUGAUUAUGUUGGUCCUUCUUGCGCGGAAGUCUCUCUACGGUUUUUGUGUCUACCAUUUCGGAUGACUACACUUUGUUCGAUGACAACACUGGAGACGUUUAAUUUUCGAUAGGUCGCUACCACUGCAACGCUAAACUUUCGUUGUCAUGUCACCGCCUCUGCGCACCGUCACUGUCAGACGAACACAGAGAAGCUCCACCCGCUCUAUUUAUAUGGACACGGAACGCUAUAACCUUCCACACAAAAUAGUUCCAAACAAGUAACAAUCGCGUCAGUGGCAUACAUCGUAUACCUGAAUGAUACACAGAGAGAGAAGAACAGGUAACUUUGAUCUCGUCAGUGGAGCAAUCUGGCAACUUUUUAAAAGUAAACUUUCCAUUCAUAAACUCUUUAAGUAUCCGUUUUCGGUGUCUCCCGCUGCCAUGGCUGGUAAAACAGACAUGGGCUUGGACUUCUGCAGCGCGCUUGUUGUUUUGUUCUGGUGUAUUUAUAGAGCAACGUAACAUCCGCUUGUGACGUAUGCCGCGUUAAUCUCGCGAGAAAAAAUUUAAUCCCGUUAAAAUUCAUUUAAAUUAAUGCCAAUAAAAACGCGCUAAACUGACAGCUCUAAUAAAUAUACAUAUAUAUAUUUUUCGUUCUGCUUUUUGAACCUUCUUAACCGUGCCACUAACUUUCUGCUUGGUGAGCCGUUGAUUUCACAUGACCCUAAAAACGAUUGCUUCCAAAGCUUUUUUUUUCUUUUUUUGGUGGGGGACAAAGGGCAAAUUAAAAACGGAAAAUGCUCAACUGUCACAUGCCGACAUUGUUUAAAAAAAAAAAAAAGUAACGCAAACAUUAGUUUUUUUUUGUUUGUUUUUAAUAUGCCGGUUUUUGUUUACAUGCCAGCGAGCCUGCUACAUUUUCUCCUUACGUUCCAUUUGACCAUACGAUCGCGCAUCUCUCAGCAGUCACCUUGAGUUUUUGAGGAAAUUGCUGUUUUGUCGGCAGCGAUUGAAAUGAUUAUAAAGAGAAGUCUCUUCCGAAGAUUCAAUUUCUGCAUAAUUGACGUCAUUUUAUGGCAUAUGAAGAUAAUACCCGCCUUUGUAUAGUGAUCCAUAAUUUCCACUGAUCCUGUUAUUUCCAUCUGCUAACAUUGGAUAAGUUAGCGUAGCAAUACUUGACUUGGCGUUUGCGUGUUCCAUUUUGAAAAGUAGUUUUUGAGUAAAUCCCAAGAAAGCAAUUUCAUUCACACGACAGGCCCGAAUAACACAAUUACGCAAUUAACAUUUUUUUUAAACUGUUGUUCAUGUGGUUGUUAAAUGCGUGUCAAAGCAACUCUUCUACUUAGCAAACGACCAACUGGAACUUGAGUCGCUUGAAUCUCAUCGUUCAUUUGAAAAUGCAACUCCAACCUUUUUCAAGCUGAAACUGACACACUUUUUACUGCCAUGCAAUUUCUUGCAUUUCUAAAAUAGCCUGCCAGUUUUUUUUUCCUUUCCUGUAUUCAAUUUCAACAGGGAUGUAUCUCAGGUAACGAACACCCACGAAUACAUUCGGAAGUUACCACGUCGCCAUUUUCCUCUCAGCUUGAUCCUUGCGCUUGUCUCCACAUGGUCGCUGAAGGUUGUCAGCGUCUGAAGACGUGAUCCGUUUUUGACCUUUCACCCUCUUUAGGAUCAUUUAAACGUGGCUGACUGUCACACCUACAAGUCGAAUCAGUGUCGCGAUUCGGAGAGUUGCUUCCUUGCAACUCCCGCUUCUCGCUAAUAGAAAGCCAAAACGCGUCUUCGCGAGUGGCGCCAUUGACGUGACAAAUAUGACCUGUCAUUUUUGUUAUCGUAAAGCGGUAGCAAUUGAGAUGGCGUUGGUAAGAUUGCAACUUUCAUGGUCGAGUUUUAAAAUUGGAGUCAAGAAAGAGCGCUUCUCAAUAGGACUCGCCCUUUUAUGGUUUUUGUUUUUGUGUAGCUGGCAUUCAAGGAGUCAUUUUAACAUUAUGUCAGACUGAUUUAUUUUAUUUUAUUUUUUUGUGACUCUUAUUUACAGUUGUAUACUUUUGAUCCAAUUUUUGUAGGCCGAGCCAUUGGACUGACAACUGCAAAAAUUUGACACACAUUGGAUGAUAUGAAAUCAGAUGGAAUGCAACGAACGAUGUAACCCAAAGCAACCCUCAUCAAGACCAAACUCUUUCGAAUUCAAAUUCAGUUCUUGUUAACUUUGCCGUCGGAAUGGCAUAUCGUGUUGGUCCUCUCACCAAUGGUAUAAGGCAUAUAAUAUUUUUUUAAGGGAAAUAUAAGGGUGUUCAUUGUGCUUUUAAAUUGCUGCUGAUCUUUUUUAUUUUAUUUUUAUUUUUUAACAUAACUGGCUCAUUAUUGUGUUUCAACAUUACAGGCUGCUUCAAAUGUUUGUAUGAGACUCACUGCCCCACUUUUGGUGAACUGAUGAUGCACGGGCCUUUUCCAGCUUAUACUGUAGUGACAAUGAAAAAUGUAAACGUAAUUAAGUGCAUGGUCAUUCGAAUUUGAUCCCACAUACAGCUAGACUGCAAAAAAUGAAUUUGGUUCCUUUUGUUUUGAUCAGAGUCACAUUUUUGGAGUCCUCGUGGGUGUUUACACGCAUUAACUAUUAUUGUCAUGUAACUGCCUCAUGUCAUUUUUAAUAACUUGUUUUUUGUCUUUUAUGUUUUGAACAUUAUUGUUUGUUCAUUUCGGCAGCUUUAAUCGGUCUGUUCGUUUUGCUUGCAAGCUAACAAUUGUCAAAUUGUGCGUAUUUACACAGGCAAUCGUUGAUAAAUGACUUUGUUUAAUGACACAAAUCCAACUUGUAACCAGUGUGUAAAGUCUAGCAAUCAGGUUUUGGUACUAAGACUGGCAGUUUUUUUCUAUUAUUACAAAUUGUUUACCUAGCAUUACGUAAAAAAAAAAAACAUUGACAUAUGAAUAUGCCUUUGCAGAAUUCGCACUAUGUGCUUAGGGGUAAAAAAAAAACAUACAUUGUACAACGUGCUUGUUUUUCUUUAACUCAAUCACCCAACAUAUCGACCAAAAUCUAAAAACAAAAUUUCUGCCUGUUCUUAGCUGAGCCAACAAGUAAGAACUAAAAAUAAUAUAUUUUUUAAAUGUGGUACACUAAUGGUGUAAUGUAGUAUCUUUCUUGAAAGUUAAUUUCAGAAAGUAAAGUGAAUGGUCAGUAAAUACAUUAAAACAUACAGGAAAUUGGACCGAAUUGUAUAAUUCUUAUGUGUUUACAUUACAUUACUUUAAAGAAAAAACAUUGAUAAAUGAAUAUGCCUUUGCAGAAUUCGCACUAUGUUUGUGCUUAGGGGUAAAAAAACAAACACAUUGUACAACGUGCUUGUUUUUUUUUUUUAAACUCAAUCACCCAACAGAUCGACCAAAAUCUAAAACAAAAUUGCCGCCUGUUCUUAGCCGAGCCAACAAGUAAGAACUAAAAAUAAAAUGCAUAUUUUUUAAAAUGUGGUGCACUAAUGGUGUAAUGUAGUAUCUUUCUUGAAAGUUAAUUUCAGAAAGGAAAGUGAAUGGACAGUAAAUACAUUGAAACAUAUAGGAAAUUGGACCGAAUUGUAUAAUUCUCUUGUGUUUACAUUUUACCGUACCUGCUUUCCUCAUGGCCAUAAUUUAACAUUAAUCAUUUAAGUUAAAUUUUGCAUACUGGAUUUCUCAUGUCGUCAGAUGUGCAUAUAUAUAUGCAGUGCUGUGAAAAGAGCAAAAUGUUUCAGAACCUCAAUCCAAUUCUAAUGUCUAAAGUCAAGUCAACAGUAUUUAUAGAGCACUUUCAAACAGCCAUCGCUGCAUACAAAGUGCUGUACAUGGAGCGAUUUAACAUACACAAUAAACAGUAAGACGAAUCGGUAAUAAAGGCGGUAGAAAGCACCAAGCAGUAAAAUCAAGAACAAAUCUAAGUCAUGCUGAGUCGAACGCCAAAGAAUACAAGUGGGUUUUGAGGAGGGCUUUAAAGAUGGGCAGCGAGGAGGCUUGCCGAAUGUUCAGUGGGAGGUCAUUCCAGAGAGAGGGACCAGCAACAGAAAAGGCUCGAUCCCCUCUGAGCCUCAGUUUAGUUCUUGGUACUUCUAACAAAGACUGGUCCACAGACCUGAGGCGCCGGGCAGGUGUGUAGGGGCGACUUUUAAAUGAUGAUUUUUGUGCGGGGAAAAAAAAACAAAUACAAGUUUAUCAUGUCCCAUGUGAAAAAGUAAUUGCUUGAACCAAAUAACUGCUUGUGCCAUUUUUUUGGCAGCAAUAACUCAAUCGAUUGUUUGCAAUAUGUUGUUGAUCGUUUUUAACCGUCCGCAGGUGGACUUGCUCGGAUGUUUUGGGGUUGUUGCCCUGCUGCAUAACCCAAGUGUUCUUGACUUCGAAAUUACAAGCAGAUUUGUUUGGAUUUUGACUUUUUUUUUUUGUUUGUUUUGUUAAGAUCCCAUAGCCCCAAGUCAUUCCAUGAUUCAACAAAUCUGAUUAUAAUCGGGCCUGGAUGUGGCCAGUGAAAUAGAACUGAGCUUAACAAAAACCAUUGAAUGUCAGUUAAAACAUGCUUUGACGAGGAGGAGCAAUUACUUUUUCAAAAAGGGACAGUUAAAUUUGGAUUUCCCCCGCAGCUCCUUCAUUGUUAUAUCUGAAACAUUUUAAGUAUAAAAAGAAACAAAUGGGAGGGGGGCAAAUCUUGUACUAUUUCACAGCACUGUACAAUGUCCCAUUAAUAAGGAUACAUAGGCUGAAUGUGUUUUUUUUUUUUUGGUCAAUCACCUGCCAAUAUGUUUGGUUUUCUGCCAUUCAUUCUUGAACCCUUUCAGGCACCAAUCAUGAGAACCUUUAACCUGAUAACCUGAUAAUCUGUCCACUGGAGUAACUGCUGUCCCUAAAAGGGUUCAUCUGACUUUCCAACUUUACAGUCUAUUAUAAUUAUGCCACCUUUAUUUGUAUCACUUCACUUAUUUCCACACUAUUGAACGAGUAUCACCGUAUUCCCAUUCAGAACUUUUGGGGACAAGGUAAAACUCAAAAGAAAUGCGCGAAAUGUUUCAAAGCAGAUAAAAUACAGCAAAGGCAGGUUUUAAUGGUAAUAUUCAAAUCUUUGAUGGCAAUGUUACUGUAUGUUUAAAACAAAAAAGCAUACAGUAACUGAAGAAGUACAAUGGCAAUGCGGAAUCACAAAUUUUUGUGGUUUAUCAUGCGCUUCACUUAUGCUGGUUUCCAAGUCGCUCCUUCGCACAAACAUAGUCGAUAAGCUUUAACGUUGAAACAAAUAUUGCGCUCUACUUUGCUGAUUUUGAUUAAGUCUUGUCUGUUUUCUUUUAAAGAAUUGAAAGAGCAAUUACUGUAAAUGUGUCAUUUCCAAGUCUACUUUGAUAUCUGAGCGAAUGUUUUGCGUGUAUGUGCGCGUUUCAAGCGAAAAAGGGAGUCAGGUUAAAAAAUAAAAAGUAAAAAAAUGGAAAGAUCACAAUCAAUCCUUUGCAAUCAUUUUGUGAUAUUUGUCAAUCCCCCUGCUCUGUGUGAUGUAUUUCGAACUACAGUGCCCUCCAUAAGUAUUGGCACCCCUGGUUGAGAUGUGUUUUUUAGCUUCCAAUUAUUUUAUUUUUUUUCUAAAUAAUAUGGGACCUUAAUGGAAAAAAAGAGAAAAAUCCAACCUUCAAUACAAGUGCAUUUAUUCAGUGGGGAAAAAAUCCCACAUAAAGAAAUAAUUAUUUGACAUCAAAUCACCUGUUCCACAAUUAUUGGCACCCUUAACAAUUCCCAGGAAAUAAAUAUAAUUGAAGCAUUUCUGUCAUUUCUACAGUAGUUUACAAAGUUUACCAGAGUAUGUAGGAACAUUUAAUUAGUAAUUCAUCACUUCCUGUCUCCCUGGGGUAUAAAUAUGACGUGACACCGAGGCCAUUUCUCUUAUCCACUCUUAAACAUGGGAAAGACAAAGGAACACAGCAUACAAGUGAGGCAGAUGUGCGUCGACCUUCACAGGUCAGGCAGAGGCUACAAGAAGAUUGCCACUCAACUGCAGCUGCCCAUAUCCACUGUGAGAGGAAUAAUUAAGAAGUUCAAAACAACUGGAACAGUGGUAAACAAGCCUGGACGAGGAGCCAAGUUUAUUUUGCCACCACGCACAGUGAGGAGGAUGGUAAGAGAAAUCAAAAGAUCUCCAAAGCUCACUGUUACAGAAUUACAACAAAUGGUAGCAUCCUGGGGUCACAAAGUCUCCAAAUCAACCAUCAGGCGCUGUCUACACGCCAACAAGCUGUUUGGGAGGCAUGCACGGAGAAAACCUUUCCUCACUCACAAUCAUAAACGCAAGCGUCUGGAGUUCGCCAAGCGGUAUUGGGGCUUCAACUGGGACCGUGUGCUUUGGUCAGAUGAGACCAAGAUUGAGCUUUUUGGCAACAAACACUCUAAGUGGGUCUGGCGUACCACGAAAGAUGCGCAUGCUGAAAAGCACCUCAUACCCACUGUGAAGUAUGGGGGUGGGUCAGUGAUGCUGUGGGGCUGUUUCGCUUCCAAAGGCCCUGGGAACCUUGUUAGGGUGCAUGGCAUCAUGAAUGCUUUGAAAUACCAGGACAUUUUAAAUCAAAAUCUGUUGCCCUCUGCCCGAAAGCUGAAGCUGGGUCGUCACUGGGUCUUUCAGCAAGACAAUGACCCUAAACAUAUGGCCAAAUCUACACAGAAAUGGUUCACCAGACACAAAAUCAAGCUCCUCCCAUGGCCAUCUCAGUCCCCUGACCUCAACCCCAUUGAGAACCUGUGGGGUGAGCUGAAGAGGAGAGUACAGAGGAGAGGACCCAGGUCUCUGGAUGAUUUAGAGAGAUUCUGCAAAGAGGAAUGGCUGAAGAUCCCUCUUUCUGUCUUUUCCCAUCUUGUGAAACAUUAUAGGAGAAGAUUAGGUGCUGUUUUGUUGGCAAAAGGGGGUUGUACAAAAUAUUAACACCAGGGGUGCUAAUAAUUGUGACACACAUUAUUUGAUGUCAAAUAAUUAUUUCUUUAUGUGGGAUUUUUUCCCCACUGAAUAAAUGCACUUGUAUUGAAGGUUGGAUUUUUCUCUUUUUUUCCAUUAAGGUCCCAUAUUAUUUAGAAAAAAAAUAAAAUAAUUGGAAGCUAAAAAACACAUCUCAACCAGGGGUGCCAAUACUUAUGGAGGGCACUGUAUCUCCCAAGUUCUGAACCAAGUGUCCUCAUGUGAUGAUGACUGCUCCUUCGGGUAUAACUGUGCAAUCUGGGUUUGCUGAUUGUGGAAGGCCACUCAAAUCUUGUAAAAAAACUAACAGUGGUGACCGGAUCUCAGCUAGCAGGAUUUUAUUUUGAAACCAGUAACCAAUGGAAGGUCUAACUAACUCUUAUCAGUGCUGAAAGAUCAGCUAUCUGCUGGAAAAAAUGAUGUUCCAACAAUGAAUUGAACCUGCUCUUGUGUGUGAAAAUACAUUUUAAUUUGAAUAUAUUGGAUUUUAUGCAUUGUAAAAUUGACUCAUGUAAAUGAUCAGUGGAGCGGAAAUUGAAACGUCCCUCCUUGGGUGUAAAACUAAUUAUUUUAACAAUAAAAUGACAUUUAAAUUGA